UAGUAUUUGUUCCGAUUAGUUGCUUAGACAUGGAUGUCUGUCGACAUAAUGUCGUCUGCCUUUCACUUACUUGCUUAUUAUUUAUUAUUACUGCAGUAACUGCUGCAGAAGACAAAUUUUCCGAAGAACUCUUUAUAAAAACAUUACCUAGUGGUCAUGUAUAUUUUCAUUUCCAAUUUAUUACUCGUUGGGAUGUAGACAUUCGGAAUAAAAGCGAAUUCAAUCAGUAUCGGUUGUUUCCCAAAUCUUUAGGAGACAUUGUAUCUGCACAUGAUGUUCAAGAGUUACAUUUGUCUCUAACACAAGGAAUAUGGAGACAUGAUAAAUGGGGCUAUCCAAUCCAUGAUGCACCACCAGGAGCAGAGCUUUGGGUUUGGUUUUUGCCUUCAGUUAAAAGUGUUAAAGUUAGUUGGGCAGAGCUUGUAAAUGCCCUCUCUGGUCUCUUUUGUGCGUCUCUUAAUUUUAUGGAUGCAAAAUCUACUGUCAAUCCCAACUGGUCUUUUCGACCACAUGGUUUGCAAGGAGAAGGCUUUGCUAAAGAUGUAAAACUACUGCGUUAUUCAGCUUUGCCAAGGGAAGUUGUUUGUACAGAGAAUCUCACACCUUGGAAAAAGCUCCUUCCAUGUGAUUCAAAGGUGGGACUCGCAUCUCUUUUUAAUGCAAUGAAGUUAUAUGAUACUGCUUAUCAUUCUUUAAGUGUUCAUUUGAGAUCUGUUUGCCGUGAUGAAUCUUGUGUGAAUCCAUCUGUUGAACUCACUCAAUCAUUAUCUGUUAUAUUUGACCCCACUAUGAAAAACAAUGGUUAUAAAAAUUGGUCAUUAAGAAAACUUUUUGGACGGUCACUAAGAAACCAAUGCCCCCUUGCUUCACACAGCAAUAUUUAUAUUGAUGCAGAUUGUGUACAGGAUUCUGACUAUCAAUGUCACUUGUCUCCAGAACCUGAUGAAAUGACAAGUUUCACCUUGAAAGAAGAAAAUUUCUCUUAUGGAGUUUAUAGUGUUGGCAAGCAUACCAGAAAUGGCAAUUUCUUUAAUAUUGGUCUCAACUAUGUCCAGCAGCCAAAAUAUACUUCUAUUGUACCUCCACCACUGUAUGUUCACCAAUAUAUAACAGGUUAUGGCUUAGAAAAUGGUGGCAUAAUUUGUCAUUUAUACAAUAAGCUACCUGAAAAAUUAAAAGUAAUUUACCUACAAUCGAUACCAUGGUUCAUGAGGGUUUACUUUAAUUCUGUCAAAAUAAUUAGUGCUGAAACUACUAUUCAGCCAAUUGCUAUAAACUAUAUACAAGGAAAAGACAGAGUGCAGCCUUACACUUUAGAAAUAGUUGUUGAACUCCCACCAAAUUCUGUGAGCUCACUUUCUUUUGAUUUUGACCGUGCCUUCCUGAAAUGGACAGAAUAUCCUCCUGAUGCCAAUCAUGGUUUUUAUAUCAAUUCCGCUGUGAUUUCUGCAAUUCUUCCUGUGGCUAGAAACUACACUUCUCCUCGACAACAAUCCUCUGUUCUAAUUGACAGUUUCAGAGAAUCAGCUGAUUCUGAUCAGCUUCUUGUGAGGAUUCAUACUGAAAACUUGCUGCUCUCACUGCCAACUCCAGACUUUAGCAUGCCUUAUAAUGUGAUUUGUCUUGCCUGUACAGUAAUUGCAAUAGCAUUUGGAUCUAUACACAAUUUGACAACCCGGAGAUUAGUAGCUAAAGAUCCUGACCUCAAAACUGGUUUGAAACACACAAUAAAAAAAUAUCUGCAAAAACUCUUUUGAUAAAAAGUUAGCAGCUUUUUGGAAGUAA